UCCAGUGAUCGCGGCCCUGACGAAAGGAAGUCCGUAACGUGCGUCGAUCUAGCGUCGACAGCGAGCCGCGCGGCCUGAAGCCGGGAAAAAUACCGGUUGACGUUAGAAGCGAUUAAUUAUUUUUCGCCGCGAGACCCAACGCUAAUUAUUAUCUUCACGGUACUAUUAAUCGUGGAGCGGGUUUUGUUGGAUCAGAGUUAUUUACGCAGCGCCGCGUCACACGGAAGGAACGGUAACAGUGCAGGUGGAGAUAUUUGGCAGGGGAGGGGGACGAUAUCGAGGAAGGGUGUGUGCCACUCAGGAUCGAGGAAAAACCGGAACGCCGGACGGCCAGCCGUCCAGUCCGGUAAAUCUACACACAGGCUAGUCACAAUCCUCAACCAAAAUGGGAUUGACCGUCACUGAGGACACGCCGGCGGACAUGUUGGCUGGGAAUAUGGAACUCCUGGUUCAGCUACCGCCCCGAAACGACGACGACUAUGAGAACGACGAGACGUACGAGAGGGAUGAGGACGAGCACCGUCAUCAGCACGGUCGGAAUCAUCACCGUUACCACAAUCAUCACAUCACAAAUGGUCAUCAUCCCCGUCGCACUGGAAACGGAAAUGCGCGAAGAGUAACCGUUGCUAGAAGCACACCGAUGAUGGAUCUCCUCGUCCAAGUUGCAACGUCCCAGAAAUUAUCAGCGUCCAGCUACACCCUCGAGGCUAUUGGAGAACACGGCUUGGUUCUUACCCAUCAUCCUAAUACACCGAUCGGCGCGCUGGACGCGUUGCAGGUGAAGCUGCUACCCAAACAAGGCACGUUCGCGCCGAUGAAGACGAGGCACGCAAACCAACCGUUCGAACCGACGUUUCGGUUACAGGUCCAUUUACCCAGGAAUCAGCUCUACGUUUCCAGGGUAAGCUCGAGGAUGAACCUGGGAAAAAUUCUCGACGAAGUUUGCCGCGAGAAAAACCUCGAUAGGAAUAACUACGAGCUUCGACAUCCCGCAAACAUCGAGGAGACGCUCGACCUGUCGCUGUCCCUGCAGGACUACCAUCUCCAGGAGGUGACGCUGUGCCCGAAACGUCGUCCGUUGGGAUCGUCGCUUAGCUCGCAGGACAUAAUGGCGCUUCAGCGUCAGGAGGAGAGGCGACGUCAGGAGGCGAAGCAGAGCGUGUUCGGUUUUGCGUUUAAAAAAUCAAAGGAGAGCUCCCUCAGUACCGACAGUCUUGGCGAACGGAGCGUAUCUCCGGCUCGCAGCGACGGUACCGGAAGGAGCGUAAGUCCUCAGGCUCCGACGGCGCCGACAAGACCUCAGAGGAAACGACGACCGGCUCCGAAGCCGCCGCUUCCUCGCGCCGAGGUCGAGACCAGUCCGAGUACCAAGGGUGCCAAGAAUCCGGAAAAGGAUAACGAGGGGGAAAGGGAGAAGGAGAGGGAAAAGGCCGAGAGGACGAUCAUCAGCCAUAGUCGCAACAGCAGCGACAGCUCAGGAUACCACGAGGCAUCCGUACUCAGUGACAACCUCGACUCGAACAUCAGGGUACCCGAAACACUGCCGAGGAGAAGCAGGCUUCAGACACCCUCCACGGUUGAGUCUACGGGAAGAACACUCGCCGAGACUUCCCAGGCCAGCAAGAGUCUCGGGAAUUUAGCUGCCGCUUCUAACCAGAGAACUUCCACCAUUGCUCGCGUCACCAGCAACUCUUCCCUCAGUUCAGCAGGUUUGAGAAAGAAAAAAGCUGCCCCGGCACCGCCGCCGCCGAGGCCUUUGACCUCGUCAACUUCGAUACAGGCUCUCGAGCGCAUCGUGGAUUCCGAAGAGUCCUUCACCUCUGUAGCUGAGACGUCGUUGCCGACUAAAGCGUCCUCGGAUGUUGCCGUUGGUACUACCAAAUCAAGACUGCAGGCCCAACCUCGGGUCAGUUUAGGGUCUGAAAAUCGGGCCUCGAUCACACCAAAGAUCGACGAAGCGCGAGUCGAAGAUAAGCCUGCUGCGAUCAACGUCGACUCGGCUCGGUUUUACGAGUCACCGAUACUGUCGGAAAAAUCGGCGCCUAGCGUCAACCCGAGUCCCAAGAUCGUCGAGGUCGCAGCAAUCAUUCCUAACGUAGAAAUCGCUAGUGAACGCAAACGAGUCGCCCCGGUCCCGAAGCCCCGUGGAUUGGUUCACGGGUUGGAAAACGCUGCUAACACUUCCGCCCCUCCCAAAAAUUCACCGCCGUAUCUACCCUCGCCCACGCCAAGAGACCAAACCACGCAAAAAGCGGAUGCGGCUGUGCAGAUUGCACCAAACACAAGCCCCGCAACAACGACGACAGAUUUGCUCAAAAAAGUUUCGGAUACGCUUUCCAGUUCUCUGAUGCGAUCACAGGCGACUGUGGCUGCAGUUUCAUCCUUGGCCAAAGAUUUGGAACCACCAGUAGAGUCGAAAAAGGCGGAUAAACCGAUGGCGAGAGACGAAGAAUCGGCUUCCAGACCGGAUGUCGGUGAAGACGCACCGGACUUUAUCGACGCUCAUCAGCCCGCUUUACCCGACUGGGAAUACCAGCUUCCGGAGCCUCCAAGCGGCUUCAGGGACACCGAGGUCCCUACGGCAAAGGAAGGUGGGAAAAUUGCGAUUACCGAGCCAGUGCCGGUUCGCGAAUUAGAAAAAUUGAUAGCGGAUGAAGAACUGAAGGACAGAACAGCGGUCGAAGCAAAGCGGAGAGAAGUCAGCGCCCCGGUAUCGCCGACUACGAAAGUACCGCCGAUCAACGACGACGACGGCCAUCAUCAGAGCAAACGGAGCAGAAGGAAGUCCGGGAGUGAGAACAGCUCCAGAAGGACUUCCCACGUCUCGUCGACGCCAGGUGUUGCACCGGUGGACAAUACCUUGUCGAAUUUCGUGAUAACGACCUACUCGCGGCCGAAGAACGUCGACAUCUUCGACGAGAUCGAGCGGGCCGAUCGCGAUCCGGAAUUGCCGCUGAGUCGCAAAAGCUCGAGCGCCAGUCAAACUCGCAGAGAAUCAUCCAGGAGCUCGACUUCCUCGCUACCCCAAAGCGAGGAAAGGCAGCUCGGGAGCGUCGACGAAACGCCGCAGAGACCGGAAGUCGCUCCGCCGGUCCGCGGGGACGACGGUUCGCCCCAUAUGGUCAGCAGGGCGAAUAUCAAGAUAUCCAUCGUCGCGAAACCCAGGUCUCGGGGAAACUCCGUGAGCGGAAAUCAGGCUCUCAAAGCCGCCGUUCGCGAUGCUUCUGACGACGGACGCGGUGUGAGCGAUGUUACGGUGCUCGAUGAAAAGACGGCUAAUAACGAGAAAUUUUCUCAGUGGAGGGAGAAUAUUUUAAAGAAACAGGAAACACCGAGCAGGGAACGGCAAUUGCAAUCUUUACAGGUUCUAAGAGGCAUUUCGUUACAGAUUGAAGACUCUCAAACACAGCCGGACGACACAAGCACGGCCGAAAAAGCCGCUCCCACUUCUGCCGUUGAAACGAGAGUCGAAACCGUCAAAUCCCCGAAUAAUGGAGAAACAGCCGCAGAGCCGAGUCCUCAAACAACACCUCCUGCACCCGUUGCAGCGCCGAUUGAACCACAUGUAAAGCGUUACACCUACGCAGGACCACCGGCUAUAGACCUUGGCAGCUGGUCCGACAGAUCCAGGACCAAAGUUCAAAUAAAACCGGAUACAGACUACAAGUUCGAAAAGAGUCCAAUUCCGGGAACGGCGAGGAUCCAACAGGAUGCUCCAAAGACUCUGAAUUAUAAGGAGGGCAACGCUGUUAGUAGAACCGUCCUAAACGCGGUAUCUCAGACAGCGGUAACGCCGAGUGUUGUAAGAAAUACGCUGACGAAAUCAUCGAGGUCCGAGAAAGAAUCUACGGUCGAUAAUCACGAUAGAAAAGAGCCAAACGAGCUGGCAAGAACGCUUAUCACUCGGACUACGGCCUCCGGUUUCAAGAGGCCGGCUUCUAUAGCUGUGUUCGAAUCCUCGGUAACGAUUUCGGGAGAAAAGGAGACUCAAAAAAGGCCGGAGGUCGUUAAUGGAACCGGAAACCAAGAGGAGUCGAACAAGGCCUCCGCCGCAACCGAGAGCGAGGUCGACACGAGACCGCUGAGUUUUAAGGAACUGAAACAGGCGUUCGCCAGGGAGCAAAACGGAAGUGUGCAACCGGUGCCGAAGUUUGGAAGCCUCGGUCGAAGAGCCGAGAAUUCCAUCAGCGGAACGCUCGUACGGAGGGAUAACGAAUCGGAGAAUCAAACCUCCUUCCGAAACGAGGUGAACGGUCAGAGGGGGGAGAACAAGACCGUGGCCUCUGAGAAGAAGAACUUCGUUACGCCCGCGAAUCGCGGAACCGCCGUCUUUCAACACGACGUUUUGGGCACUGCACGCCGAACCAGCCGGGGGACUUUAAUGCCUGUUGUCAAGGGAUUCAAGGUCGUUCCUUCCGAGGAAGAGCCGGUAACUUUGUCGCAAGACAAACCACACAUCCACAGAGUCGCGAUAGGCGACAUUUCGAACGGGAAUUAUGUAGCUGCCCACAAUGGUCUGAGAAAGACCGUCGUCCAGAUCAAGGGAGACAAUCAAAUCAGCAACUCUAACAACAUUCCAAAACCGCCGCCAACUAUGCCCGUCAUAACGGGCGUCACCCUAAAAAGCACCAACGCCAAUGCAAGACCAAAGUCUAUGAUUGUAGCAGCCGACCCGAGGAACGAUCUUUUGGAGUCUAUUCGGGGAUUUGGUGGAUCUGGACAGCUGCGACAUGUUUCACGAAGGACUACCAACAUUGGUGGUGGCUCAAGUUCGCGAUUUGUACAUAGCUAAGCGAACGCCAGCGAGUAAGUCUGCAACGCUACAUUGCUCACAAUUAUCAGCCAGGUGUACGUAAUUUUUCAAAAAUCUUCAUAGAGUUGGAUUAUUUUUGAAUAAUUAUUUUCUAUAAAUUUAGUAUGGCGUUAAUUGCGAAGUCAAUCAAUCGGACGAUGUAAGGUGAAGCGGUACAUGGAAAGGAAUGAAUAUGGUCAUUUAAUACAACGCAAAAACUAAUCUAUUAUAGCUAUACUAAACUCGAAAUAUAUGGAUUACUAGUCAUUUCUUUCCAUCUGCAUAUAUAACGUGUAUGUAUCAUAAAGUAAAGGAAUUCAUGUGUGUAUAUAAUAUACAUAUACAGGUACGUAGUAUAUAUAAUAUAUAUAUAUAUAUAUAUAUUGAAUUAAUAUUGAAUUAACGCGUGGUGAAUUUAUUUCCACUUUAGGUGCUACUUUACGGUGUGUAUUUAGUCAUGUUCUGUAUAGGAUACUUUGGAGCGAUAUUAUUCGAAAAAUAAUGCUCGCAAGACGACUGAGAAGACGUAAGUAAAAGCGUAAAACUUUGUACCCAGACAGAAUUUACUUAUACUAGAAAAACGAGGAGGGAAAAAGCAUUGAAAAAAAAGUGUGUUAAAAAAAGUACGAGUUAUUAUUUUCAGUUAUUAUUUUAUGGUCAUUAACAUUCGCCGUUAUAUACAUUAUAUUUAACGAAAGGACAAUCAUGCACAUGAAGUGUCUAUUAUUAUUAUAUACACAUGAUAUACAUAUAGUUUGUUUUUUAGUUCUACCAAAGCGUCAUUUUGUUACAUUUGACAAUAAUUCUAUAAAAUUGAUGGUGAAUGUAUAAUAUAUUAAUUUAAGGAUUACCACACGAUGCGUACGUACAUAAUGCGUGAUAUAAUCAAUUUAAUUAUUUAACUAACACUUAUACUAAACAUUGCAUAUAUUUAUCCGUAGUUAGUUAGUUAGAACCGAUGAUCCAGUUAUAUUUAAACAUUAACAGAAAACAGUUGCAUAUACUUACUUCGAUUGUAAUUUUGCAAUCCAAAAAAUUGCUUUGUAAACACGGCAGUAAACGCAAAACAUUGAUUUAUUAUGUUCGAAUCCAGCAGACUUUUCGAUAUGAAAUUAUGAUUACAUGUUACGCAACUAUCGUUUGUUCGAUGCUUCGAUUCUAAUGAGAUUCAUUGUGUAAAUUUAACAAGUUAUCAUGAAACACAUAAAUAGUCUUUAUAUGUAAUAAUUACAUAUGAAUACGAUUGUGUCUAUGUUUAUUAUGCCAUUGUUUGCUAUGUAGUAUUAGAUUUGACAGGAUCAAGGUCAACGUAAGAGGCAGCACCCUUAAAAAGCAAAGAUUAAAACAUAUCUAUUAUCUUCUGUAAAUAUAUUGUGUUGAUGAUGAUGAAAGAAAACUUAUUAUUAUGUU